AUGCCACCGCGUCGCGUCAAGAUCAAGGGCCUCCCCGCGUCGCGCCCCUCCGCCAUAAGUCCGCUCCCUCGCUCCGCCUCUCUCACCGCCACAUCCGCGCCUGUCGUCUCCGCGUUUCUCGGCGCGCUCGGUCGCUACCGUCGCCUGCUGCUCGUACUUCUGCUGCUCGCGCUCUCCAACAUCGCAGGGUACUACUACCCAGUGCUCUGGUCGCCCGCCCGCCGUGCGACGCUGCUGGCCACCCGCGCGACGCUGUCGCACUGGUGGGCGAACGCGUCGCAUCCGUCGCAGGCACUGCAGGCGCUGCCGUCGCUGGGCAAGGAAGCGGGCUACGAGCUGAGGAGAAUCAUUGCCAGCGGCGAGGAGCCUGGGGAAGCGCGGAGGGCAGGGGGAAGGGGAGGGGGAGGGGGAAAAGGAGGGGGAGAGGGUGCGGGAAGGGGACGGGGAACGCGGCUGAUACGAGCGGAGGAUUCGCAGCAUGUUAGAGACGUCCCCGUUACUGUGUAUAAGAAGGGGACUCGCAUAGGGAAGAAAGAUACAGCGGGAGGAGAAGCAGCAAGGAGCCCGAUGCAACGGCAAGGGGAGGCAGGGGAAGGGAAAAGGGGAGGGGAAGGGCAGGGGGGAGAGAAACUGGACAGUUUAAUGACGAAUGGGGGCAGAGGGAGAGGAGGAGAGGGAGAGAGGGGCGGAGAGGGGUUGGGGGAGGGACGGACCACGGAGGUGGGUGGGGGAAGGGCGGAUGAGGCUGUACACGUGGAGCAGUGGGAUUGGCAGAGAGAGUAUCUGGAGGACGUGGCGAUCCGGGUGUCCCAAGAGAAGCUGUGCCGCGGGAUAUUCCCGAGGGGGGCUGCAGCGGGGGAGGAUGAGAAGAGCCCGCCCAUCUCCCGCCUGGCCCAUCUCUCCCGCCCCUCUCUCCGCUCGCUGGUCUUCCUGGCCCGCCAUGGCCUCGGCAAUUCCCUGCGCGGCUUCGUGUCGGCCUUUGUGUUUGCACGCCUGGCGGGGCGACGGCUAGUCACCCUGCACGCAGGGGAGCACCACAAGGUGUAUGACCUCCUGUGCCACGCGUUUCACUGCGGGUUUGACGGGGUCAGAUGGGGCGGGCCGGGGGAGGGUGGAGGGGCGGGAGAAGCAGGGAGAGAAGACAGAGGAGACCGGGGAGGAGACAGGGGAGGAGGAGGGGUAGGAGUAGGGGGAGGGAGAGGAGGGAAUGGAACGGAGGGUGGGGGAGGGGGAGGAGCGGGGGAGGGGGGAAUGCUGUUGCCGAUGGAGUUGUAUCGGCGAUUUAAUGAAAUGCAGCCCAAAUAUCUUAUGGAAAACAUCAAGAGCAUUCCAGCAAUGAGGAACGCCAUUGCCUCCACCCAUCCCAUCCUCGGGGCUCGCACCGGCUCUCACUUUGACCUCUUCUGGCAUCGCAACGACACUCUCAGGAGCUGCGUCUAUGCUGCCUUCAGGUGCAGCUCCCUCUGGUGCGUUCAUUCCCGAGCCAUGUUCGCAUUCAUCGGCCAAAUGGGACCUUCCAAGAAGCUUCUCACCACCAUCUCCUCAAUCCUCCACCGAUCCACCCCUCCCGACCAACCCAUCUCCUUCAACCCCUCCUCUUCUUCUACUGUUGUUGCUGCUGCCAGUGCUGCUAGUAAUGCAGCAACCACCACAGCAACCGCAGGACCCUCAACCCCUCCCUCCUCCGUCCCCGCUCUCCCUCCCUUCCUCCUUCUGCCACCCAACAAGGCAGUAGCUUUCUUUGAUAUAGCACUGCAUGUGCGCACACGCUCUCUAGCAGUAGAGAAAGCGGUGAAGAGCGAUACAGAGGGGUACCUCAAAGGGGAGUGCGAGGACUGGGACCGAGCCGCAGUGGUCCGGCCACCGUACCUGCGCACGUGCCUGUGGGCCUGCAUUGGACACCUGGCCCCCUGA